GUCAGACACCCAAAUGGUCCCCCGAUCCCGUAUGGACGACGGAUUUGAUGCCCAAACCAAACCCACGCAACACGUAUUCCCAAAAUCGCAUGCCUUCGGGUUUCAGAUUAAAAUUAUCCAACCUGCAUUUUCGUUUCCAAUGAUCAGAUUUCAUUCUCCAUCUUCUACUUCCUUCGCAGACUCAAGCUCGUCUUCCCCAACUCCGAUCUCCAAGUGCAGCAAAACCCCAAGCUGAUGAUCGACCACUGGCACUAGCAGGUGCGUUUUAGCGGCGGAAAAUCCCCGAAAAGAUGUCGUCGCCGGACUUCGCUAGCAUUCUCGACAACACCAAGGAGCUCGAUCGCCUCAGGAAAGAGCAGGAGGAAGUGAUCAUCGAGAUCAACAAGAUGCACAAGAAGCUCCAAGCUAGUCAGUGUCACCGACUCACCAGCUCCUCUCCUGAAGUGGUUGAGAAGCCUGGUGAUAAUUCUUUAUCAAGGCUGAGGUUAUUAUAUACUCAUGCCAGAGAACUUUCAGAGACUGAAGUGAAUGUUUCCAACUUAUUGAUAAGUCAACUUGAUGCUCUGCUGCCAUCAGGACCGCCAGCACAACAACGAAGAAGAAUAGCCGAAGGUAAUGAGCAGAAAAAGAAACGAAUGAAGACUGAAUCAGAUAUCUCAAGGCUUUCUCCAUCUGUGCGAAACCAACUUGAGGCAGCUGCUAGUCUAAAGGGUGAGCAGGUAGCUGCCAGGGUCACACCAGAUGAUGCUGAGAAAGAUGAGUGGUUUGUUGUUAAAGUGAUGCACUUUGAUAGGGAAACAAGAGAAUUUGAAGUACUUGAUGAGGAACCAGGUGAUGAUGAAGAGGGUGGUGGCCAAAGAAAGUACAAGCUGCCUAUGUCGCAUAUUAUACCCUUCCCCAAGAAAAAUGACCCUUCUAGUGCCCCGGAUUACCCUCCUGGGAGACAUGUUUUGGCGGUUUAUCCAGGAACCACUGCAUUGUAUAAAGCUACUGUAGUCAAUCCUCAUCGGAAGCAAGUCAUUCUUCAGUUAAGUAGCUCAAAUAUGCAUCUGGUGAUGGUAUGCGGAACUGUGAAACUGACUGCUCAUUGUGCUUUGUGUGGUGGCGGGGUUGCUCUUCAACUAUUCUACAAAUGUCAGAGAAAAAGUGAUGAUUAUUUGCUGGAAUUUGAUGAUGACGAAGAAGACGGAUCUUUGCCUCAGAGGACUGUAUCCUUCAACAAGGUGGUUGCUCUGCCGGAGGGACAUCGCCAGUAAUUUAUGCUCUGAUUAUUGUUAAAUAUGUAUUCAAUGUUCUUGCCCUGAGCUAUGAACUAGGUCCUUUACCCGUUGUGUAUUUGCUUUUAAUUAUUCCUAGAGGGUUUAGAAAACAAAGGGAGGAGGAGAAUUAGGGAAGGAAUGCGGGUGAGAAUGAUCAUGAACUUCAGUAUUUACACGACACUUUUCCGUUGCUAAAUGAAAGAAGUACCACUUUACAGUUUUAUCUUUUCCAAAA